AUGAUUAGCAUUGAUGAAAAUCAAGGACCCGAAUCGUAUUUCGAUCAAAUGAGUUCAUCACGUAGCGCCAGUUUUUCGUACAGCGAGGACGAUAUCCUGACGUUUAAACUCUAUGAAAAUGUAAAUUCACGACCGGUACGUUUAUAUUCCAUUAAUGUUUAUCAAAUAUAGUGUUAUACUUAGUAGUGGUCAAAUGACUUUGACAUAGGGAGGAGGAGAGGGAAUUAGACUGAUUUGUUUAACAAUUAUUAUAAUUAAAUUUAUUAUAUUUUUAUAAAUUUGUAAUUGAAUAUAAUAUAUUCAACUAUUCAAUAUAUUAUAAAUAUUAAAGAAAAAAAUGACAUGGGGGGUGUCCUCCUUAUCUCCCAUUUAAACGUCUUUGUAACUUAGUAGUACUUGUCUUUAGGGUAAGGUGAAUCACCAGAAUAUAAACUACAAAAUUCUAUUCUAUUUUAUGACGUUUCAUCAUUGACAUAAAUAGGGUCCUCAAAUACGUGGGGCUUGAGCCCAAAAGAACCACUGGCACCCACAUGGUUGCAUUACGACACGUUUGGUUGGCAGGCCAUUAGAAAAGGCUAUCAAUUAAUGGUUUAUGAAUCAUUAGAACUGGUGAUGGGCUUUACCGAGUGAAAAUUAUCGACCAAUUCAUUCGGUCGACGAAAUAUCCAAAAAUGAUCAAUUCAAUCGAUAAAUCGUUCCAUUAUUUUUAAAAUAUCGAUUGACAAUCAAAGUUAAAACUAGUUGGUUCCACGGUUCCGCCCAUCACUAAUUACAAUGUUAAAAUUCAAUGAAAACCUACCUACUUAUUAUUACUAUUAUUAUAUUUAUAACUAGAAACCGGAUUUAUAUUCUCUUAUAGUCCACAAAAAGGCACUUUAAAACAUCAAAAAAUCUCUGAAAAAAGCAUUUGCAAAAAUUAAAAAAAAAAAAAAGUGAUAGAAGAGUUUAAAUUCCUCCCACUAAUGGCUCUAACUUAUUAAAUUAAAUUUCCUAAAACAAAAUAAUUUAUUUUAAAAAAAAUCGUACAUAUAACAAAAAAAAUAAAAUACUUUUUAUUAAUCAUUUUACGGCGUAAGAAAAUAUUAUUUGAAAAUUAAAUCCGUUAGUGGAGGAAGGGUUAUUAAACCCCUUUAUUAUUUUUGGGAUUUUAAAAAGUUUUUAAAUAAUUUUUUUCAAGUAUUUUUGAAGUUUUCAAAUGUUUUUUUGUGGAUUUUAAGAACAUAUAAAUCCGAAUCUGGGAAGACUAAGUCCUCUCAAACCUCCCCCUCUAUUCACAUUCAUGUGUUUCAUCAAACGUUUUAACAUUGAAGUUUAAAUGAAGAUAUUAUUAUGCUUUUAGUUACCGGAAGAAGAACUGCGUAGCAAGUUUAGCGGGUAUGUGGACUAUCUACUGUACUGUUUUAGUCUGACUGGAAGUCUUGCCAACUUGACCAGAUUCCCGUAUUUAGCGUACAUGUACAACGGAUGUAAUUAAUUAGUUUUAUCUCCGUAUACCAAACUAUAAGUAUAAUUUGUAUGUUUUAAACAAACUUAAGCAAAUGUCUGCAUAAAGUCACUAUUCUAAUAUUAUAUUUUUCAUUAACCUUUUCCUUUAGUACGAUCUGAGAUUUAAAACAAUACCUCCACUCCACUCCAAAUAAUUAUAUUUCCCUUUAUAAUCUAUUGUCGAAUUUCCUUAGGCCUAUUUAUUUCUUGUUGCUUUUAUCUUCGCACUUAUCUUACAUUAAAUAUCUUUACAGACUAUACUAUCGCUUCUGGCUUCUCUUUUUCCCAACGUAUCUCUCAUUAUGUACCAUCGUAAUCUAGCCUAGAUGCGGAUGUAAGUAUAAUCUCAGAAAUUACCUAAUCUCACGGACCGUAAAAUUCCGGAAUUUUAUAUAAGUUGACUUUAUUGUCACGGACUGUAGAAAUUCGGAAAACAUAAACACACAAACCGUAUUGUUGCGAACCGUAUAAUUUUUUAAAUUAUUGUUAUUAUAUCAGUGAUUAUUUUAACGUGCUUUUGAACACAUUUUGCGCUUUAAUUUAAGAAAUGCGUAGUUGUAAAUACUGUAUAUAAAUUAAAUAAUAAUAACUUGUAGUCAUCGGCUUUAUAACCGAGAGCAAGGAAAGAGUCCGUCAGUCGUCGGUUUAGGUUUAUUACGACUUCGCCGGACGAAUAGUUUGUUGGCCGUCUUGGGUUAGACCAUUCAAUACUUAAAUUUUCUAUGUCACCAGAUGCUAAUUAGUCACGGGGCUCGUGGGUCAUCCGGUACAUCCUGACGGUAAUCGGCACGGCCCUCAGUUUGCUCCAGUUGAUGCUCAUCGCGAAUGUGAACAUUUUACUUCGGUGUACGGUCAUUGAGUCUGACUCCCCAUUCCACAACUCACGUAUGCUUAGAUCUAAUUCGCACAUCUAUUGCUCAGGAUAACUAUAAAAGGUAAUGUUUAGGUCAACCCUUUCAUUCUUUGAUAGAUAAAAUUGAAUAAUGUGCUUCACUUUAAAAUGUAAACCAUAGACGUAUGGUGUUUGAGGGCUAUGGCUCAUAGUCAUUUCGAUGUAUUAAUAAAGCAAAGGUUAGACACUUAUACUUAAUAAUAAAUUAACCAGUAAAUCAACAGCACCAACAGUUUCUUUUAAAUAUACUAUAAUAAAUGUUAUAUAUAUUAUAAUGUUAUUAUUAUUUUAUUAUGACAAUAUUAUUGUACGACCUUAGUGCGGUGUAUGUAGGUAUACACUAUAAUAAAAAAAACUACGAUUUUCAUCGUCAUAAUAAAACACAUCCAUCAAAGACUGUGGCGAGACACUUUCGAUGAUAUAAAAUCUGUUGCUCUUAUUAUGGUGUACUGCGCAUCGUUCGAAUUUAGCAUGGAAGGAUGCAAGCGCAAUAGUACCAGAAGUUCAACGUUUAUGCGGCCCUCACACGAUCAAUAUUACUGACACUAUAAAUAUUGACAGUAUUUACAUAACUGACAGUAUAGUCCUCAAACGGUCAUUACAAAUUCCAUUCAAUACUUAGUAUUUAUUACUUUCACGGUAGUUCAGAUCGAUUGUUGUCUAUUGAUACUGUAAAUUAUUUAAUUAGUUUAAAAUAGUAUAAAUAUUUUUAAAUUUUACAAAAAUGGAUAAGAAAAAGGCGUGCAUUGCAAUAUUAUGAUUGCCCUUUCUGUAACAAAAUAAAAGCAGACAAAACGUAAACGAUGGAUGAAAGAAUGGAUUACUAAACGAAAAGAGCACACUCACUUAAAUAUUUUAAAUGAAAUAAAAUUAUCUGAUCCAAAAGAUUAUCAAAACUAUUUUCGUAUGAGCGAUGUUAUUUAUAAUCAACUUUUAAACAUGCUAAGACCAUUUAUAACCAAAAUGGAUACGAAUAUGAGAGACAGUAUUUCUGCAAACGAAAGGCUUGCAAUUACUUUGAGAUACUUGGCGAAUGGACGUUCAUUUGAAGAUUUAAAAUUUUCUUCCAUUAUAUCACCAACAACAAUAAGCAUGAUUGUAAUUGAGACAUGUGAAGCAAUAGUUGCUGUACUCAAGGAUCUUAUUCAGGUAUAUAAAACAUUAUUUUACUUUUAAAUUUAAAGUAGUUUUAUAUUUUUAUGUGAGAUAAACAAUAUAUUUUUUUUCAAAUUUCUAGACAAAAUUAACAGUAUUAUUUUAAAUUAUUAAACAACAAAACUUAAACAAUAUAUUUUUUUUAAUUUUACAACUAUGCUAAAGCAUAGUCUUUAACAAUAUUACAGUCUUUAUAAUUUAUUUGAGCAAUCAGUGUUAUUAAAUUAAGUCACAAUUUAGUAUUAAUAUUAAACAUCACUUCCAUUCCAGUUGCCAUAGAAAUUUUAUAAAUUUGUUUGUGUCAAAACAUAGUCCUGUGAUUGCGUUGUAUCAAUUGAAGAUUCGUUUCAACUAUUUAUUGUCAUUGGAGUAGAUGAAUGAGUGCAGCUUCUUCGUUUAUUUUAACUGAGUUUCUGUGUAAAGUUCCAAGCGGUGCCUCAAACAAGAUAUCAUUAAUCGCUUUCUGAGUAAAUACUUUUUGGUUAGGAGUCAGGGUUUUUAAAGUAUUUGCGCCAACUUUAACCUGGUCUAAGUCUGAAUCUUGUCUAUUUUCUUCAUUUGAUAAAUAAUUACAAGCAAGUGAAAGUAAUUCAUUUUAUUGACUGAUAGUAGAUUUGGAUUUUUUUGGUGACGGCCGAAUAAAAGUAGGAACUGCAUUUUCUGUAUGUUGAAUUGCUUCACCAGAUUCAUUGUUUGGUACCUUAAAUAUAAAUCGAAGAAUUACAUAAAAAAUAUUUUUUUAAUGUUUUACUAAUACAUUUAAUUAUUUGAUAAUUUUAAAAGUUUUAGUUUUAAGAAAUGUAAAUAACUUUAUCGUAAUAAGAAAAAUAAAACCAUUUUAUUAGGUUGUUAUAUUUUUAUUUAUCAUGAAACUGUAUAAACGAUUAGUCAAUUUGUAUUAAUUAGUAAUUUUUAUAACUUCCGCAGACUCCUGAAGCAUGGAAAAUCGUUGCAAGUGAUUUUAAUGACAAAUGGAAUUUCGGUAAUUGUUUGGGAGCCAAAGAUGGCAAACACUUGAACAUAAAAAAACCACCCAACUCGGGCUCCAUGAACUACAAUUAUAAAGGUAUACAUUUUAAUAAAGGUAAUUAAUUAUAAUAAUUAUUAAUUAUUUUUUUAAUAUUAUUAAGGUACAUUUAGUAUUGUCCUGAUGGCGAUAGUUAAUGCGAAUUAUCAAUUCACUAUGGUUGAUGUAUAAGCAAAUGGUAGAAUAUUAGAUCGAAGCGUAUUUUACUAUACAAAAUUUUGGGAAAAGUUUAAAAACAAUGCGCUUAAUAUUCCACUACCGUCGUGUUUACCAAACACUAGUGAAACAUAUCCAUAUGUAUUUGUUAGUGACGAGGCAUUUACACUAAAAUCUAAUUUAAUGAAGCCAUUUAGCCAACAUGAAUUGACAAACCAUCGACGCAUUUUUAACUAUCGAUUAUCCAGGGUUCGGCGUGUUGUCGAAAAAUUUUUUGGAAUCCUAGCAUCUAAAUUUGGAGUGUUUCAAAGACCAUUAAAUCUUUGCCCUGAAAAAGCAGUAAAAGUUACAUUGGCUUGUUGCUACUUACACAAUUUUUUAAUUGAAACAAAUCAGCAGCUAUAUUGUUCAAGAAGUAUUCUUGUCAAAGAAAAUUUAGAAACUGGAGAAAUAAUUAAUGGUUAUGAAAGAACAGAAAACGUAUUAGGUUCUUUAAAGAAAACUCCUACUCGUAACGCAAACGAAGAUGCAAAAUUGGUGAGAGAAAAAUACUGCAAUUAUUUUAAUAAGGAAGGUCAAGUUCCAUGGCAAACAAAUAUAAUUUAAAAUUACAUAAUAUAUUACAAUUAUAACUAUUAUUAUUAUUUAUUUAUUUAUAUUAUAAAUUAAAAAGUGCCUACAUAAUUACUUUACUUUUAAGUGUAUUGCAUCUUACAUUUAAAAUGUAUGUUAGUUUUUACUUUUUUUUGUGUGUAAUAAUAGAAAGUAAAAGAAAUGUACUUAUAUUUAUUUUAUUACUUUAUUUUUAUUUUAGUUUAUUUUAUAAAUUUCAUUUUUCGAUUUUAAACGUAAAAUAACGAAUAAGGUAUAAAAUAAAUAAGUAUAACAUAUGAGAAAAUAUUUAAUGAUAAAUUAUCUUACCGUUCGUCUCUAUUUUCAACUUUAUCAUCAAUGGAAUAUACGCUUUUAGUUGGUUUUUCCAAAUUCGUUAAGAAUGAUAACUUUUCAAAUAACCAAGAUGAUGGUUGAUAAACGCCGUCUGUCCCAGAACCACUUCUUUUUGAAUCGUUAAUUUUUUUAAAUUCUUUCCGAAAGUUGCUUCUUAAUGUAUUCAUUUUUUUUUUACAUCUUCAAUUGUAGAGUUAUUUUUUAAAUGUUUAUAAUAAACUAAGAGUUUUUUAUAGGCAGAAUUUGUUUUAUCUCUAUUGGAGUACUCUUUACAACGAACAUCCCACAAUUCGGGUAAUUGUUUGUACUCUGAAAUAAAAUCACGCAAAUAGGAUCGAUCGCGGCAUUCGCGGCUUGUGAUUUCACUUCCGUCAUCCAUUGCUGCGUUGUCAAUACUGACGAAGUGUCAAUAUCGACCUCACACUAUCAAUAUAAUAAUCAGUAAACAAAUACUGACGACUCGAUAUCCGAAUUUUUCAUCAGUCAUCAGUAUCGUUUUUCCAUACUGACAGUACAUCAGUACUCACAUUACAUGAACAAUUACCGAGUCUUUCAUCGGUUUUCCAUGCUUCAGUUCAAAGUAUUAGGGAGUUAGAAAUAAUAUCAAUAAUUCUAAAAGUGUUCAAAAUAAGAUUGACUGAAUUUUCAAGUUCAUUACUAAACUCAGUUUUGACUUCGUGGAACACACUUGUUUUAUAUAUAGAUAAAACAGAUUUCUGUUGAGCACAAAGAAAAAAAGGGUAUGGCCAAUUUUUAAAGGACAAAUAUGAGCUUAAUUUCAAGACGUCAUAAAAAACAUUAUAUGUCUGUCUUAGAUCGAAGAGAAUUGAAAGCAGUAUGUGACGAGAUAAUAGAUGCUAUUAUUGUUUUUCUGAGUUCUAGAUUUGACACGGAUACAAAUUAUGUUAAUAUAAUGUAACCAUUUAUUGAAAUGGAUUCCAGAGUAAACAUAGAAGUUUACAAAUUAGUUGCCCAUGAUAUUUCACUUCAAGAUCUUUCUUGUUGAAUAUGAGGAAUUACUUGAAGAUAAUAAUAUAUAAGUUUUGAAAAAAACUAUAAAAAAUCUAUCAAACCUUUGAUUUGUCAAAUCGCUUUCUGGUUCAAAAUACUAUCAAAAUGUACUGAAAAUACUUACAAGAAUAUUGGUUGCAAAACUACACAGUGAAGAUGUUAAAAUACUGAUUAUUACUAGUAACAUAUUAAAAUCCAUUGAUCGUCAGAAUCUCAGUAUUCAAAACGAGAGGUAUUAUCUACAUAUACAUUUAAAUAUGCCAACAUUAAUGUCAUGGGAUCCAAGGCCAUCUAUAGUUAGUUGGGUUAAUACAUUAGACCGUCGAGUACGAUAUACACCAAAAGCUAAGCAACAGGAGUGUUUCAAGGGCAUAAGUGAGAAGAAACCUCAAAUUCAAAUUUAAAAUAAUAUUCUACUGGAGACGAAGAGGUUUGUCCAAAAAAAAAAAUCAAAAUAUAAAGUUGUAAUAUUUAUAUUUUUUAAAUUUUUUGUAUUCAAUAUUUUUUUUUUUUAUAAAUAUAAACUGGGUUAUUAAAAAUUAAAAGUCACAAUAAUAAGUUUUGUAGUAAGUUUUUUAUAAAUUAGCAAACUACACACACAUAUUACACAAUACACAGUGAGUAAUAUUUGCGAUUAUGGGAAGGGGUUGAACUUUAAGUUUUACGAACUUCUAAAAACCCUUAAAGUAAGCCCUAGAAAAUAUUGUGUAUAUUUAUUAAAAAAAAAUGUAAUAAUGAUUAUUUUGGUUUUAACUUUUAACAGAUAAUAAUCUGAUUAUAAUAUAUAUAAAUUGAUAAAGGUAAAAAUUGUUUUAUUUAAAUCAAUAAAUUAUUUUAUUGUAUAGAAUAAAAUAAAUAUUUUUAAAAUACUAUUUGAUAUUUUGACAAGUAUCAUUAACCAAUAUAAUAAUUUUAUUUUUUAGGUAAUAAAUCGCUCUUAUUAAUCAAUUGCUGGUAUGUUAAGGAAUAAUAAAAUAAAACUUGAUUGAAUAAAUUAUUUAUUAUUUUAUAAAAUAUUUUUUGCUUUUACAAUAAAAAUAUUUAUUAAAACAUUUAAAUAAAAAAAUUAUAAUUUCCGUAACUAUAAAUAUUAUUUUAUAAAUUCGAUAAAUAUUUUAAGAAGAUAUUAUUUGAUACGGUCCGUGAAGUUACUUUCUAGGAUUAUACGACCUCCCAUCCUAACUCUUUUUUGGUACUUACAUAUACUUAAUCCUAUCAAACUUUGUAUUUUAUUAAUUUUUUACGGUAUUCUUUCACAGGUUCGUUUUUAGUACAGUUUUUAAUUCUAGUCGUGCUGAUCGGUAUUCCGUGGUGUUUUAUGGAAACGGCUCUGGGACAGUACUCGGGCAGAGGACCUACUGCACUCGGUGAUAUGGUACCCAUCGGCAAAGGUGAUAAUAUUAAUGAUAAAAACAGUUUCGAUUUCCGAACAGAACCAUAGAAAUCAAAACUCAUAACGAUAUUUAUCGAAGAGUUUGUAAGAAAAUUUAUUUUACAUUUAUUUUUAUAUGGUGUAUUAUGUACCUACUGCGUAAAAUGUAUACGUACAUUAUAAUGAACUCGUAUUGACUAGUAUGGCUUGAAGUAUUACAGAGUUAACUAGGUUUCCUGCAACGUUGUAUAUUUGUUGUAAAGUUCUGUUCGCUCUUGAAAUCAUGGAUCGUAAUAUCACUGAAUAGUAAAUAUUGUUGUAUCGGUCUACUUUUCCUUGUCAGAGGGGAAACCGUUAUUUUUGUGUAAUAAAAAUUCCGAUUACAUAAUACCUUUUUUAUUUUUAAUACAUGGUAAUAAUAUUGAAAAUGUAAUACACAAUUUUAGAUUCUGAGUGGAUUGAAGAAGCGUAUGCUUAUACAAAGAUGUUUAUUUAUUAAUUUUUUAUUUUUGCAUAACUUUUCUACCAGAAAUCUUGCUGUGAUUUUAGGUGUAGCAACUUUUCUAAAAGAAAAUUUCACUGGGAUGGUACUUUAGAGAGGUGGUUUUUUAAUUUUCCCAGGAUUCUUCUCAACAAAUAUGAAAAACCGAAAAAACUGAGGAAAAUCUGAAAAAUGUGCGAAAUGUAAGUAUUAGUUGAAAAAUAUUACGGCUUUUUUUCUUACAACUUUUCUAGCAGCAAUUUUGUUCUGCUUUACAAAGAUAAUGCUUUUUCUGAAAUGAAAUCUCACUGGGAAAGUACUUAAGGGAAGCCAUUUUUUUUCUCAACAAGUGUGAAAAACCAUGAAAAACAUAGGGAAAUUGGUCCAUUAAACAUCAUAUACAGGAUAAAUCACUAAUCGUGCUUCAUUGUUUUGGUUAAAUUUUGCAUAUAUGUAUUCAAAUUGUGGUUUUUGGAAUUUUUAAGUGUGGUUAAAGUCAAUAUUUUCAAAUACUUGAAGGAGGUAGUAAAACACUAAUAAAACGCUGCGCUAUGCCGUGCCGCUACAUAAAUGGUACUCCAUUGCUCUCCCUCUAUCUUUUUUUUUUUUUUUAUUUCCACAAUUAAUAAAAAAUCUGUAUCAUUUACUUGACACAAUAAAAAUAUAUGAUAAAAAUUAACAGGUCAUGAGGUUUUGAUGAAAGAAGCUACCCAUUGAUAACAUUUUCCAUUAGCUUAAAAAUAAUUUAAUUUAAUUAAGGAGAUCAUGACGCCACUUAUGCUUCAAACGUCUUGGAGGAUUUCCAGGUAUUGUGGGAGUGGCCAAAUUUUUUAUAAGUUGAUUUGAAUGAUAAUUUAAACGGUAAUGAAAUCUUUUAUAAAAUAUUUUUGCUUCGUCAUUUAUUGUUUAAAGUUUUAAAUCAGUGAAGUGUAUGAUUUGACACGUAGGGUAGAGCAUUUAUCAGUUUUCUACACGCUAUGUUUUGAAAUAUUUGGAUUUUUAAGAUGUUUGAUGUUUAAGUGCUUUGUAUAUAAGCAGUUUAGUUCUAAUAGAGGUGUAUUUGUUAUUGAAUAGUAAAGGUUUGAGCAAGCGGAGAUGAUGAUUCAGAGUUAAUCUUUUAGUUUUGAUGUGAUGAGCCCACGUUAACCUUUGAUCUAGAGUAAGGCCGAGGUAUUUGAUUUUUGGAGAAUAGGGAAUUGGAAUGCCGCAAAGAACACCACCAGGACAAGGAGUAUGUCUGAGGGUAAAGGUUGUGUGAACGGAUUGAUUCUGGUUAACUUUAAAUCGCCAUUUUGUAAACCAUUUUCCCAUAGCGUUAAGUUGAGUUUUAACAAACAAAUUUAAACAAAUUUAUUAAAGAUUAUUGGAGAUAAGAUACCACUCUGAGGCACACCAGCAUUUAUAGGAAAGAGCGAAUCUGUAGUGAGCUUGAAAAUGUCGAUCCGUUAGAUAGAAUUUUAUGAGCAGGUAGUAAGUGGGUGGAAGGAAUUGCUUAAGUUUACAUAAAGGCAAUCGUGCCAUACUCUAUCGAAGACUUGUGCAUGUCUAGGAACACACAAUUGCAAUAAAGUUUUUUUUUUCAGGAAAUGACAUCUACAACCCUGUGAGCUUGGUGUAUGAUUGAGUUAGAUGCCCGAAAGCCGAAUUGGGUCUUUGGAAGAAUAUUCUUUUCAGUAAUGAUGAGCAGGAUACGUUUCAGAAUUAAUCGUUCAAGGAUUUUAGCGAAAAAUGGAAGAAGGCUGAUUGGUCGAUGAGAUAAUGGAAUGUCCGGCGGUUUAUUAGGUUUAGAGAACAAGAUUAUAGUGGAAAAUUUCCAAAGUAGAGAAAAAUAAGAAAGUUUGAGUGAAGCAUUAAAUAUGUGAGUGAUGUGGACAAUAGCUCUAGUUGGAAGGGAUCUGGCUAUUUCCGCAGUAAUGCGAUCAUAGCCUGGUGAUUUGUUUAGUGAAUAUUGUAGUAUGGCAUAUUUUACAUCAUUUGAUAAAAAUUACUUGACAGGGAGAAAUAGAGGAAGGGAAGAAUUUAGGAACGAUUCCACCGCAUUCAUAUUUUCGUUCCAAUUAUAUCAGAGUGUGGUUGAAAAGUUUGAGAAAGAUACUCCUUCGAAAGUUCAGCUUUUUCAAGGUCGACGAUGGCGAGGCUGAUUUUUUUAUAGGGAGAUUUGGCGAUUUAUAGUGAAGUGUUUUUUUUGUUUCCCUUCAGAGAUUACCAUCGUUGGGAGUAAGCUUCAUUAAGUGAUUUUGCCAAACAUUUGCCUUAAGUUUAGCAUGCAUUUUUUCAGGAAAUUAGCCAAUGUAUUGUAAAUUAGAUUAUGACAAGAGUGUCGAGUGCGCUGGAAGAAAGCUCUUACUCUCCGUUUUUCGACAAUUUUGUUACGUAUGUGCAGAGGUAGUAGAUCUAAUGAGGGAGGAGCUGGAAAAGUAUUUGUAGCUAACCACGCAGCAUUUUUUAUAACAUUUGUAAGAUUGUGGAUCACCAAAUUUAUGUCAUUGGGCGUUUUUAGUUUUAUGUUUAAAUUUAUUUUUUUAUCGACUAGUUCGAUAAACUUCGAAUGUUCUGUGAAUUUAUUAAAUAGUUUAUUGGAUUCUUUAUAAGUUGGGGAAGUAUUAAGAGUUAGGAGCACUGAUGAGUGAUCUGAAUUAAAAUCAAGUAAAUUUUUAGUAGUGCAAAAUAAGUUAUUCGGUAUUUUGGUCACAAAAAUAUCUAGAAUAUCCGGGUUUUUCUGUGAAGACGAAGGCCAACAUGUAGGUGGGGCUAGAACUUUAAAUUUUUUUAAAUUUGUAAAAUUAUACUAGGUGACCCCACGUGGGUUAUUUACUCGGCACCCCCAUUACUGGUGCUUGACAUUGAAAUUGCCGCCUAUAACAAAAUAGUUAUUAAAUGUGCUAAAGUAGUCAAGUAGUUGUAUGUCAGUAACGAUAUGUUUAGGGGGUGAGUGGUGUAUUAUUUAUUUUUAAUUUGAUAGCACAAGAUUGUAGAAAAGCCUGGGAAAAAUUUGGCAAGGAAUAAAAUUCUAUAGUGGAUUUAACAAAAAUAGAAGCACCACUGUGUGCUGUGUUAUAUGGGUGAUUUGUUUUAAUUAAAGUAUACCCAGGAAUAUGGUAUAUACGAAUAUUGUGUAAAAUGAGUCUCGGAAAUGAGUGCAAUAUCAAUGUGUUUGUUAAUAAGUACAGAUUCGAGUUUAUGGACAUGAUUUUAAAGUCCAUUAGCAUUUAAUUGUAAUAUUAAGAGCGAGUUGUCAGUAACAGAAUUAUUAUAAUUACUAGCCAUUAUUUGUCGAGGAGCUUGGAAAUUAAUAUAGUCAAUAGAGCUAUAAGUGGAUUAAUUAAAGUUUUAAAUUCGUCUAAAAACUGGUCAUUAAUUUAUUUAAAUCAGGAUGAUGAGUUUCAUUGGAAGGGGGUGAAGUGUCGUUAACUGGAAUGUUGGACCUAGUCUGAGCGUAAGAUUUCGUUUAUGGAUUAGAGUGAGUGUGAUUUGGUGGAUGGCUACCUUGUACAUUAAUGGAUUUAGUUUUAGGAUUUAUAAUUGUUAUUUAUACAAUUACUUGGUGCGCUGGGUGUUUUUCUACGUUGAAGAUUCGUGAAUUCGGGCAUGCAGAUGAUUGAUGAUACGCUCUACAACAAACACAACAGGGAUGGUAACCACAGUAUGCUCUAGUGCAGCGGUUCCCAAACUUUUUUGUCUUACGGCGCCUUUUUAGAACUGAAUUUUUGUCACAGCACCCCUGAUAAAACCGACCACCAUUUUUUAAAAUAAAAUAAAUAAUAGAACAUUUUAAGGAUAAUAAAAGAAAAUAUUAUUUAAUUAUUACAUUUUUAUUUUAUUAUAAUCACAAAGAAAUUAUUUUAAAAAUUUGAUUUUAUUAAGAUUUUAUAAAUUUUUAGAAAACAUUAAAUUAAUGGGAUGAAUUGUAAUGAUGCACUGCACAAUUUUUCAAACCUUGGAAUCAAAGUAGACACAGCCACUCUCAUUUCUUUUUUCCACAUUUAUUUUUAAUCGAUACUUGUUUUUUAUAACUGCAACCACCGAGAACCCAGCUUUGCACAUGUAAGAAGUUGAAAACGGAAUUAAGAUUCGCUGUACUUUAUCACUUAAUAGAGAAUAUUCAUCUUUCAUUGAAAUCCAACAUUUUAUUAAAUCCAUUCUACAAAAUUUCUCUUUCAAACUAUUUUCACAAGAAAACUCGAUCAGACCUUCUUCUUCAAUAGAAUCAAAAUCAGAGCCAUGGAGUUGAACGGAUCUUGAAUCCAUGACAAUUUACCAAUAUUUUAAUUUUGAAAAUACUUUUCAAACCAGAUUACUAGUUGUGAUAAAUGAUCUUGAAAAAUGGAUUUCAUAUCUAGAGAGUUUUCAGCUUUAUUAGAGCAAGAAAACUGUUGCAUUAUGGGAAAAGCAUCCUUGCUGUCACCUUCAUUUAUUUUUAUUUUCCACAAUUUUGAGUUUUUUUAAAAAUGCUGUAAUUUUUUCAAUAGACUUCAAAAUGUGGAUAUUUUUUCUUUGCAAAGAGAUAUUCAAUGCAUUCAGUUUUCAAAAAUGUCACACAAAUAUGCUAAUUUCAUUAAAAAAAUCGACGUCGGAAAAUUCAUUGGCGUUUUUGUGUUCUUCUUCCUUAAGAAAUACAUAUAUUUCCUGCCGCAGUUCAAACGUACGUAAUAAAAUAUUACCACGAGAAAGUCAUCGUGCACUACUGUAAUGCAACAAACUUGUGUGUUCAGCUCCCAUUUCUUCACAUAGUUUUUUGAAAAACCUCGACUUCAAUGGACGAGUUUAUAUAAAAUUGACUACAUUCACUACACAUUCUAAAACUUGGUUUAAUGCAGGACUUAGAUACUUUGAAGCAAGUACUUCUCGGUGUAUUAGAAAAUGGGUCCAUAGCGCAUCAGGGGCUUUGCUUCAAAUAUGUCCAUAAGAGCCGGACAUGGAACGAGCGCCGUUAGUACAGACACCAACACACUUAGUCCAAUCCACAUUAUUUUCAGACAUAAAAUUAUCUAUUAUUUCAAAUAAGUUCUGAGACUUGGCACUUGUAAUACUUUUACAAAAAAGUAGGUCUUCUACCAUUUCAUCACCAUUCAUGAUCCUCACAUAACAUAACAAAUUAGCAUCCUUAUUAUUAUCCGUAACUUCAUCCAGCUGCAACCUAAAUACUUUAUUUUUUAUUUUUUCUAUCAAUUAAUCAUUGAAGUCUUCUGACAUUUGAUUUAUUCUGCGACUGACAGUGUUGAAGACAAAGGCACAUUUGAAAGUAAUUUCCUUUCAGAUUCCCCUACCAUAAUAUUCACCAUAUCUACUGCAGUUGGUAGGAUAAGCUCUUCUGCAAUUGUAUGAGGUUUUUUACAUUUAGAGUUUCUAUAAGCCACUUUGUAUGAAGCUAACAAAGCAUUUUUUGGUAUUUAUGCAUUUUUGAAAAACGUACGUUUUUCCAGUACGAGUUCUCCUAACUUUCUAGAAAAAAAAACACGAGAUUUUCCUACUGCGUGCUUGUGAUUUGCUUCUAAAUGGCGCUUCAAUGUACUAGGCAACAUUCAUUCUGGUCCUAAAACUUUCAUACACAAUACACACAAUGGUUUCUAUUCACCAUUAAUUUCUGUUGACGUAAAACCAAACUCCAAAUAACUAUCAUCAUAUUUACGAUAUUUUCGCUUUUUAACAAUCGAGCCGUGGCUGGUUGAGAGCAUACUUUCUUAAUUUUCUUCACCACGACGUUUAUUAUUAUUCAAUAAAAAUUAUUCUAUUGUUAAAAAUAAAAGGAACACAAAACUGAAAAACUAGUCAUUUAAGAAAACUUGAAUUAACAAUCCAACUGCUACGAAAGCAAAUUACACCAGACGGACACGUACGGUCGUGGUAAUGUAGUAUUUUUCAUAAAUGCUUCAUAGCGACUGUCGCGCGUUAUUCAGGAACCAAACAACAACAAGCCUUGAACAUAUAGAUUCAAUGGAAGAACGAACGGACACAGGAAACAGGAUUUACUCUUUGGAACAUGGAAUGUACGGAUAAUGUUCCAACCUGGAACAGCUAUAAGUGUAGUCAAGGAAAUUAAGAAAUAUAAAGUCAAGAUAGUAGCAUUACAAGAAAUCAGAUGGAGUGACGAAGGCACCAUAGACAUAAAUGAUACCACUAUUCUGUAUGGCAAGUGCAAUGAAAGAUGACAGUUUGGGGUUGGUUUCGCAGUACACAAAAGCCUAGUGCAUACGAUAAAAGAGUUCAAAGUUAUCAACUAUAGAAUUGCUAUUCUUGUAGUUAAGGCCAAGUUUUUUGAUAUAGUAUUUAUAAACAUAACACAUAAACACAUAAACACAUAAACAUUUUGGUACAUGCACCAAUGGAGGAGAAGUCACAAGAAGAAAAAGAAGAAUUUUACACAGAGGUAGAAGAUAUCUUGACGAAAAUAAACAAUAGCAAAAUACGAAUUAUACUGGGUGAUAUAAAUGCGAAAUUAGGAAAAGUUCUUUAAGAAAAACAGUUCUUUAAACCUACCAUAGGGAAGUAUAGCUUACACGAAACAACAAACGAUAAUGGUAUAAAAAUAGUAGACCUUGCAACUAGCAAAGGAUUCAGGAUAAUGAGUACAAUGUUUCCCCAUAAAGAUAUAUACAAAGGUACGUGGAGAUCACCAAAUGGACAACAUAUCAAUCAAAUUGACCAUAUCCUAGUGAAUGAGAGAUUCACAAAUGCUAUCAACGACGUACGAGUAUAUAGAGGAGCGGACUGUAACUCAGACCACUACUUGGUAGUUGGGAAGUUCAAUAUCAAGCUAAAGGCGAGACAACAGAUUAAUAACUCCAACUGUGUAAAAUAUGAAAUAACAAAGCUCGAGAAUGAAAGAUGUGUAAAGCUUUUCAAACCGAAGUGAGGAGAUUAACACAACUAACAGAUAUAAAUGAGACUCGAAAUAUUGAAUCGCUUUGGGAGAUUUUAAAAAAAAAUCAUUACAAAGACAUCAGAGGAAAUCAUCGGAAAACAAGGGAAAUCAAAAAAGAAACCAUGGUUUAAUUCAGUGUGCGAAGAAGCAAUAAUAAGAAGAAAAGAGGUGAGAUUAAAAUGGUUAACGGAUACAACAAACCAACUAAACGGAAUAAGAUACACUACAAGAAGAAAGGAAGCCCAUAAUAUUUGCAGAGGAGAAAAAAGGAAAUAUAUAAAUAAAAUUAUAGAAAUGGCAGAAUUAGAUCACAGAGCACACAGAAGUAGACAAUUAUACCAGAAAAUGAACAGAGAAAAGGAUAUAAAGAAUAUGAAAUAUUUAUAAGAAAUAAGGAUGGAGAACUGAUAACAACAAAGAUGGAAAUAACAGAGAGAUGGGCAGAAUAUUUUAAACAGCUGCUUAAUGGAGAAGAUCCUGAAGAAAUUUCUGAUUAUAUACAAGAACAACCAAAUAAUUGUGAAUAUGAAACACCUAUGGUACAUCUUUAAUUUUGUGUUUAAUUCUCUAAUUUUUUGGUAUUUAGUGGACUGCUUCUACCAUAUGUUAGCGAAAUCCUAAAAUAUGUCGAUGAAACAAUGAUUGAGAUGAUUCAUAAACUAAUUGAGAAAAUAUGGAAUACUGAAGAGGUCCCUAAAGAUUGGAAUAUGGCAUUAGUUUGCCCUAUACACAAAAAGGAUGAUAAAAAAUAAUGCAGCAACUAUAGAGGUAUUACCUUAGUGAAUAUGACCUAUAAAAUCUUAUCGUAUUGCAUUCUAGAUAGCAUCAAACCUUUGGCAAAAAAUAUCAUAAAUGACUAUCAAGGUGGUUUUAGAGAAAAUAAAUCCAUAAUAGAUCAAAUAUUUAUUAUAAGACAACUAGCUCAAAAAACCUGGGAAUUCGAUCAAGAACUACAUACACCUUUGUAUAUUUCAAAAAGGCGUAUGAUAGUAUAAACAGAGAAAGUAUAUACAAAAUUUUAGAACAUUUCCGCAUCCCACAAAAGCUUAUAGGAUUAAUUAAAGCCACUUUAAAUGGGACCAUGGUAAAAGUGAAAGUUGGUAAUGUACUAUCAAGAGAAGUUCAGGUGAAUACAGGCCUACGGCAAGGUGAUGCACUAUCCCCAAUUAUUUUUAAUCUAGUUCUGGAAAAAGUAAUUAGAAUGAUGAAUAUCUCACCAGAUGAAGGGGUGAAACUCGAUGGAACAACAAUAAGUAUUUUAGCAUACGCAGAUGAUAUAGUGCUUUUAGGAAAUAAUAUAAAUACAGUGAAAAGUCUGUGUGAAAGACUUAUAACAGCAGCGAGAAGAGUUGGAUUGCAAAUUAAUGAAGAGAAAACAGAAUAUAUGAAAAUAAGUAGACAACGGUAUGGAAGACAAGCAGAAGAGUUUCUAAAGGUAGGUCCUUAUAGUUACAAUGAUCACCCAUUCAAACAAUAUGGAGUAUUAAAUACUUAAAAGAAUCCAAAUGGGUAACAAGUGUUAUUACGCAAUGGGGAACUCACUCAAGUCAAGAAUACUCUCAAAGACACUUAAUGUUCAGCUGUAUGUCACACUAAUAAGAUCAAUAGUACUUUAUGAAGCGCAAUGUUGGACUGCAAGGACAAAUGAUGAGUCUAAACUGAAGGUCUUUGAAAGGAAAAUAUUAAGAAGGAUUUAUGGACUAUAUCAUGACCCGCAAACAGGUGAAUGGCGUAAAAGACAUAAUGAGGAGUUAUAUGACUUAUAUAACAGACCGGAUAUAGUAAAGGAGAUAAAAAGAAAAAUAUUGGAAUGGGCAGGUCAUGUGUGGAAGAAACCUGAUGCUAUGAUAAAGACGGUCUUACAAGAGAAUUCAAGAGGGAAAAGACCACUAGGAAGACCCAGAAUGCGAUGGGAGGACUGUGUCAAAAAAGAUGUAAGAGUUUUCUACCCGGAGGAAGAUUGGCAUAUACUAGCACAAAAUCGUGAAGGAUGGAGGCAAUUAUGUUUGGAUGUGUGGUCUAAAAGGCCGUAAACAAAAAAAAUUAGGUUUAAGGUAGUUGGGUAUAUUUUUAGUAGUAGAAAUGGUUUCAAGUGGGUCAUCUUGGGAAAAUAUUUUGAAUCUGUUACGUGUAACAAAAAUUUUUUAUUUUAAGGUUUGUUUGAAUAAUAUUCAUAUUUGGAUUCAAAGUUGGUGGUUCGGAUGCUAAGUUUGAGGAGCUGGAAAGAUUACAUUUAUUAAUUUGCGUUGGCCGACCAUCAUUAUUAAUGCUGUUUGAAUCGGGCUUAUUUGAAGGGCUGUUUAAGCGAGCAUCCUGUAUAAUAGUUUUGUUUUUUUUUUGUUAUUAAUAGUACUAUUAUUUAUAUUAUAAGUUUGUACAUUUGGCGAUUUAGGCAUGUUUAUCUCAAGGGCGAAGGUUGCCCUCCGUUGCGCGGAUGUAGUUAAUAAGACACUUGAAAAUUAUUACGAAUUGAGUCGGUUCACAUUAUAAAGAUUUUAUAGACGUUUUUUGGUCAAUAAUAAUAAAUAAUAAAAUAACGUGUUUACGGUUUUAUAUGUUAACUUGGGAAAAAUCGACUGAUAGACAGCGGUAAUUAAUGGAGCGACGAUAACAGACGUACGUUAGGUACGGCUGCUCGCAUGGUACUGACUCCCUCUACCUAAACUGAAAAGUGAAAUAUCUCGUCAACGGGUUUACGGAAACCAAAAUUAUAACACCAAAAUGUGUACUCAAAUGUAUACUUUGAAUACUCAAAGUUAUACUCUAUCUAUUUUUGGAAUUUUCAAUAGAGGAUUUCAUUUGAAAAACCAAAGUUGGUAUCACCACAAGAUACUCCUAAAUAUUAUAAUAUAUCCAAUUCAGUAAAACCUAACCUCUCUAAAACAGAAUCACUUAGGACCAACACAUUUUUCCGUUAUAGAGUGGUAGAAAAAAUAUGAAGUUCAAGAAUGUGUAUAUGUGUUAAAACAAUUAUAUUUUAGAUAAAUAUUUGGUACAAACGUAAAUUUAUACUUCUAGAUUAUAAUAUAUGAACUAAUAUUUAAAUGUGUUAUGUGAUAAUACAUAAUAUGUGCUAAAAAAUCAAAACUAAGAACUGAAAAAAAAACAUAUUAGAUAUUACUUUUUUAUAAUUAAGAAAAAUAGUUUGUAAUAUUUGACUACUUUUUGUACAUAAGAGCAGCACGUUUAUUUAAAGUAUUUUCGUGCAUUUAUUGUUAGCUUUAAUAGAUUUGAAUUUGGAAUUGUAUCUGAAAACUUUUAUAACUCGUCUAAAUAUGGGAUUGCGGUUUUAAAAUCUUUUAUUUGGCUUAUCGCUAGUCUCGAUGUCAACAUCCUUGUUUUCUACGAUUUGAAAUUCCUCUUCUUUUAAAAAUGCCAAAUCGUAAGUUUGGUGCGUUUCUAAUUUAUUACCAAAUAUAAUAAACUCUUCUAAAUCAACAUUGGCUGUAAGGCACUCUUCAUUCAUUUAUUUUAAAGAAUUUUCUGGGUAAUCUAUAUUGGUUUCUUCAAUUGAAAGAAACCUUGAUUUACGAAAACAAUUUUACACACAUUCAAAUUUUACUUUGUUGCAAGCCAACGCUAUCCAGUUGACUGCAUCCAAGACACUUAUUUAUUUAGCGAACCGAUUGGCUGAAAAGCAAUUGUCCAUCUUACAUAACAUUAAUUGUAGCAAAAACUUACGAUAAUAAGACUUAAACGUGUAAAUCACUCAUAGAUCCAUUAGUUGGAUGACUGAUUCGAAGCAGCAUGAGUAUUUUCAUAUUAGAUAAUUUAAUUUUAGGUGACAUGCAGCAUUAUCUAAAAUUAUCAGGAAAUUUCUAUACUUAGAUUCUAAAACCUGAGAUACCCGAGUUAAAAUAACGCAACCAUUUGUAAAAUUGGACCGGAAAUUAGCAAAUAUUUUGACCCACUGCUAAUAAACUAUUCUACAAUUUUCGGUCAACUAUUUUACUCUUCCCCGAAUUUUCGCUAUUCACCAAUUGAUCCAUUUAUUUAAUUUUUAUCUCGUCGUAAAUUUGAGUUUUUCCACAUUUAAAUAUUGUAAUAAGUUCCUUCAUACUUAGUUUUUCUCUCUUCUUCACCUCGAUAAAUUUAACUUUAACAGACACACUCAGAGCUGUACGUAGUAUAUUAGCAAGUUAAAAGAAUACAAUAACAAACAAAACACAACAAUAAAACAUACGUUCGAGCACUGCACGUUUACUAAACAACACGAAUGGUUAACAGAUAACAGAUGAUUGAACAGUUCACUUUUACAAAAUGUAAUUACAUACAUUUAAUCUUAGAUAAUCUUUUCUAUACUAUACGUGUGCACGAUUAUUACAAGGUGAUAAAUCAAUAUGACAAUCGUGAAGCGAUAACAUUGAACGAUAUUUCAGAUAAUGAUAAAAUUUACAUUACCCAAUUACCAAAUAUAAUAUGUACCUACAUAACUGUUAUUUAUCUUUAAAUUAUUUUACUCUCCAUCUAACAAAGUAUUUAUACUUAUUGAGCCACGGAAAUUGUCAGUUUCAGUUUUGUAGAGGUUCCGUCUUAAAAAAGUCAAUUUCAUGUAUUAUUUAAACCGGGACUAUUAACAUUUUCCAUUAUAAGGAUUCCGUCUAAUAGAGGAUCCGUUAUUUCUCUCCAAGGUUUUACCUAUCUAUAACAAUGUUUAAAAUUUCCAAAAUCAGAAUUUAAAUAUAUAAAAAAAUGGGGUUAGCACGCUUAGUGAAUCAUCCUAUAUUAUUAAAGAGAAUAUAUAAUGCCUAUUUAAUUAUUUUACCAUAAUGCAACAUUUAUAUUGUUGACACUAUCAACUGCACUCCGCUCAGAAUCUUUUUUUUGUUAGCAAUGGUUUAUUGUUGCUUACAGGUUAUAUAGGUAUACAUUAAAUUUGCUAUAACAGUGGCUGCACCCACCUCCAUUACCUUAGGACAGUUUUUCUGUUUGUUUCUCACAAUUUUUCUUUCUUCUAUAUUAUAAUCCAUUGGUAUUUUUUCACAGUGGAUAAAAAUUAAUUUAACAAUUUUGUAAAGUAAGUUUAUGUAAAUGUAUGCACAUGCCCUUACAUCUAAAUACCAUCUCUCUUAUACGCUGUCUGGUUUAUCAUUACUAUAGAUAUUUGGUAACUACAUCAAUCCAUCGGGUUUUGGUCGUCCUAAAGGCCGUUUUGUUUAUUCUGUUGACUAGCACAUUUUUAGUUAGUUCGAAACAUUCUGGUCAUUUUCUCCUAAUAAAAGACAGUAUGUCUGGCUUAGUAUUGAGCCUUUAUAUAUUUUCAUUACUUCUUCUUUCAUAUAUCUGUAUUUCUGGGUUAAUGAUUGGUUCAUAUAUGGUUCCUAACACUUCUUUCGAACGUGAUAAUUCUUCUGCUAUCACUUUUGGUCAAUGACCAGAUUUCGCAGGCAUAUGUUAUUACCGGUCGAAGGUAAUUAUGGUAUAGUAGUUGUUUUAAUUAUAUAAAUAGUAGAUUAGAUCUCAGGAGUUUGAUAAUACUGAAAGAAAAUCUAUUCCCAGUAGUGAUCUGUUCGUUUAUUUCUAUACAUAUCAUUUUUAUCAUUGAUGUUCACACCUAAGAACUUAAAAUUAUCAACUUUUUCAAAUUUAUAAUUAUUCACUUCUAUAAAAUCUAUAUUUGGAGGUCUUUUCGAAUCGACCAAGUAUUUAAUUUUCCCCUCGUUUACAUGAAAUCCUAUUUCUUUACUUGCAUUUAUGAGCUGAGAUGUUGUGUUGAUGACUUCCUUGAGGAACCUUGAGGCAGGAAUUAACCUUUAUAUUAUUUAUUUAUUUAUUUAUAAUAACAGACUUGCACCCACACAUCAACAAAGUUACAAGUUAUUCAAAUUACAUUAAAAUGCGAGAAAAAUUGCAAGCUGGGCAUAUUUGGUUUGAAGUAGAGAAAAGUGUUGGUUUAAGAUUACAAAAAAAAAUUAAGAACAAAAGAAGGAGAGUUGGAAUUGGCAGUAGACAUAAGCGGAUUAUUGAGUUUGUAAUUAGUAGAGCGGAAAGGAAGUAAAAAUAUUUUAGAUGAACGGGUAACAUGAGAAAGAAUAUUUUAUAUUAAUUAUAUUAAACACGAUUAAACAGUAGAUAAAUUUGAUAAAAAAAAAUAAUAAUAACGGAUUAUCCUCCUUUUAAGUUUCGUAGUUAAUAUAAAAUAAAAUCGUCUUCAAAACAAUAAAAAAUAAUUCAUUUUAGUAUAAGUCGCUAGGGGAAUCAUAGUUAUCAUUCUAAUCGUUUUUUCCGUGAGACGAAUAGUUACUUAGAAAGAGAUAUCUGCUCAAACAUACGUCAAAUAUCAUAUUAUAUAAAUAACAUAAACUAAAUAAUUGUUACGAUAAACGCGGUACUUUAUCGCAGUAUACAACGUAUUUACCAGGUAUAUUAUAUUUUCAUAUGUUAUAUUGUUUGUUUAGGCGUAGCUUUAGCCAUGAGCUAUAUUUGUCUUUUGAACGUUAUUUGCUAUAGCCCCAUACAGUCCAGAUGCCUUUUGUACAUGUACUGGUCAUUGUCGGAACCACAGCUGCCAUGGAAAAUUUGUGGUUUUGUUAAUAACACCUCCCAAUGCAUAGACGAGCGUAAACAUUUCACCAAAAACGGCACCAAAUCGGUGGGUAUCGAACUCUGCGUGCCGAUGGAAAAUUUCUAUUUGUAAGUUUCAGUUAACAAUCACGUGUGACGCCUACUAAGAAAAUAAAAAACUGCAAUUUUAUUCGUUGUGUUAAGAAAACAAUUUUUUCAUUUAGAAAUGAAAUCGUACAAAUGGACAAAAGCGUUCUGUACAACGGACUCGGUAAUGUUAACGUACCAUUAUUAGGUUGUCUCGCCGUUUCGUGGAUUAUCAACUUUUCCCUGCUUAACGCGACCAGCAACUUAAUGAAAUAUGUAUGUAAACAAUAUUAUUAUUCUAAUACCAAUUGUUUUUCUUUCGGAAAAAGCAAAAUUCACGGGAUUUCAUUAAAAUUAAAAUUUUAUUUUGUUUUUGUCAAAAUGUUUUCAGAUAAUGCUUGUGUAUCUGAAGGGUAUAUCGUGUAUAUCGUGCUCCCAGGGGAAGGGCAUAAGUAUAUUUUAUAUAACUUUCAACACAAGUAAAUUAAUUUUUAACCCAUUAAAGCCGACAUUUUUUAAAAAAGUUUAAAAUACAUUUUUACUAAAAAACUACCUAGUGUGGCAAUGUAAAAGAUAACAUUUUUUUUUUUUAAUCGAUUUUUGAGAUGGGCUCCGUGAAUAUAUGAUAACGCUAGGAACACACUACCGAUUUUGCAGAUUUGUAUUAAUUUAUAUAAAUUUAGUUUUAAAAAUUAUAAAUUAUGAACAAAUAAUAUAAUUCUAGAAAUAAUUUGUUUUUAUUCUUUUAAUAAACAGAUUAAUAAUAUAUGUCGAUGAAUAUAAUACAAUUUAAUUAUAAUGUAUACAUUUAUUUUUUAUGUAAACCAACAAAACAGUUAAUGCACAAUCCGACAUUACAUUUGACACACAUUAUUCGUCCAACUGAUUUACAGCCUUCUUGUACACAUAAUCUUUUCUUCCCUUGAGUAGACGAAACCAAGUGAUCCAAGCGGUCAUAUUUAUGAUCAUCCGAAAUACGACUGUCUAGAGAAGACAAAGAUUUGAAUAGUCUUCCUGCACCCAUCGAACCUGUAACCAUAUCUUUUUAGAUCGGUCAGCACUACUAUUUCACGACGGAAAUCCAACUGGGAAAGUUGUUCAGAAAAUGCUUUUUGUAUAGCGUCCAAGUAAAAAGUAGCCACCAUUCGGGUGAGUAACAUUUAUGUGUUUUUUUAUGUUUUAGUGAAUAUCUUUUGACAGUAAUUUGGGUUCAGUGCCAACAUCAGUAGAAGCCAUUGUCACAAUUCCGUUGUCCGUACGACUAACAAAAUACCAUCAUUUUAGAUUCCGAGCUAGCGAGCUAUUUGUUUUACUAAGAUGUUUAUUUCUGUUUUCCUUUUUUUUUCUUUCUUCUCGACUGUGGACACGUUUUUUUUUAGUAAAUUUGCUCUUAUUUUUACGUGUAGUAACUUUUCUAAAAGUUUAAGUUGUCUAGAUGGUAAUUUUAUGAAGUCUUUUUUUGAUUUUUGAUGCUAUUUUUAAAUAAAAGCACUUCAGUGGAAAAAAACGUAGGAAUACUUACAAUUUCACGAUUUCAUUAUUUUAUAAAAACACGAACGACGUUUUCUACCAGGAAAAAUAAUUUAAUCAAAAAAUCACAAAAUACCUUUUUUUUUGAUUUAUUUUAUCACUUUGGUAUUAUUGCUAAAACUUUUGAGCCACUUUUAAGCUUCUAAAGAAAUUUAAAUUUUUGGGAGUUUUCUGGCUGUACUUAAUUCGAUUAUAAAUACACACAGAGACUUGAAACUUGGUAAUAAUACUUAUAUUGGACUUACCUAGAUGUGGUAAAAUUUCCAAAAUCAUUGGGCAACUCUUUUUUUUUAUUAAGCGUUUUGAAAUCAAAUUUAAACGGAAAUCGCAAAAAUUAUGUAUAUCCGAACUGCGCUUAAAAUCAUUUUUUGUCAAGCAAUUGAUUAUUAUUGCUUACAGAUAUAAAUGAAAUAACCUUAUGCAUCUUACCUUCCCACCAUCUUUUUAGUAAAAGUUCAACUGAAGUACAAGUUCUAAUUGGAGUAUGGGGUUCUAUUUUUAUUAUUACAGGUUUUUUGCAGAUUUACUUUUCAUUUCUAUUAAGAUUAGAAAUAAUCCAACAUUGCUACAUUUCAAUUUGUAUUGUUAACUGUAGCCUGAUGAUGGAAAAAUGUGGUCAAAUAGAAAAUAUAGCAGGCCUAUUUUAAAACUUUAUAGGCACCCCUAGUUUCUACUGGUUACUCAUUCUGCGGAAGCAUUGUUGAUGUAUGUUACUCGGUAGUUGAACUGAGACAGUAGAUGCGGGUAUAAUUUCUUAAGAGAAAUAUAGUUUAAAAGAGGAAUCAUAUUACCAAAUUGGUGUCCACCGCGCAAUCCUGUCGUGUCACAAUUGUGUAGGCAGCCAUGGUGUUUUGUUCUGUCGUUGUUGAGGGAAAAAGAUCGUCUUCUCCAAACAUCUAUGCAGAUAUACAGUCGUGAGAAAAAUGCACGAUGUCCGGUUCUGUAAAAUGAUACGCUGUGUUCAACGGCUUUUUCUUCGGCGGCGGUUUAUCGGCGGGAAUGGGUCCCUCUCUUUCUAAUAGCAUCGGUCAGUGUUGACAACUUUAGGAUAAUUAAAUUAUAUUAACGAGGGAGAUUCUUAUUACUAUGAAUUACAAUAUAUAGUAGGUGGCGUAUAAUGGUGAGAGAACGCUCUCUAUAGUCAGUGGGACGGUGGCUACUGGCGUUAUAGGUGACUGUUCUGCAUGUUAAUAUUAGUAAUUCCAUGACCACAAUAUGACCAUACCGGAGAACCUUAUUAAAAGAUCUGUAUGUAUUGGAACGUAGUGUACCCAUUUAUUGUCAUGGGGAAUAUUUUAAAUUUUAAAAAAAAGGGCAAAAAUUGUAUAAAUUUUUAAAAAAAAAACAGCAUACCGUAACAAAACUUUAAUAUAAGCAAUGUUAAAUAUUUUAAUAUAAUCUUACACCAGCCCAUAUACUAUAAUAACAAAUAAACAAGAGAAAAAAAUUAUAUUUACUUUCAAACAUACUAGUUAAAGUACCUACAUGAUAUAACAUAUUGAAUUAAAACAAUGAAUAAACAUAAUUAGGGCCAAAAAACCCUCAAUACAUACUAUUUUUUUUUUUUUUUUUUUUUUUUUAAUAAAAAUAUACAACUAUACAAUUAAGCACAAGUAAUAAUGAUGAAGAGAAUUACAUAACAUGAAAAUCGCAAGAUAUAGGAGGGCUCCCAAUGGAGCUACCUACUUGGGUAUUUAUUAAUGGAGGAGGUCUCUAACCUAUUUUCGUUUAAGUCUUCGUGGGGGGUUGUCCGGGAUGUGCUGUGAAGCAAGAUAAAUAAUGUUAGGGUUACUAUGGUAGCUAAAUUUUACGUGGAGUUUUUGGUAAGCAGUUUUAGUGACUUGGUUUACGUAAUUUAUUCUCAGAUCAGAGUGAAGGGUUUUGUUACUUACAUACCAGGGGGAUUUUGUAAUAGUGCGGAGGCAGAUGGAUUGAAAUGAUUGGAUUUUUUGUAUGUUACUUGGGGCGGCAUUACCCCAAAUUUGAAUACCAUAAUACUAUAGAGGAAAGAUCAACAUUUUGUAAAUAAGGAUUUUGAGUUUAAAGUUUAAAUUUGAUCGUAAGAGAAGACGUAGUAGAUGUAAUCUGGAGUUUAGUUUCUUUCUUUUGUCAAAUAUGUGGUCUUUCCAAGUUAAUCGUUUGUCGAAAAGUAUUUAAUUUGGUUGGUUUGAGGUAAUAAUUGGUUGCAAAGUUUGACUGGAGGACAGUUGUUUGGGCGAAGGGAGAAAGUAAUGUGGCUAGAUUUGUUUGAGUAAGUUAAGGUGGUGUUGGAGUUUGAAGCUUGUUAUUGUGGGAUCAAAAUCCGAGGCUAAUAUACAAUUGUUGUCGGCAAAAGUAUUGAGAAUGGUGAAAGAGAAUGUAGGUAUAUCUGCAGUGUAAAUUAGAUAUAAGAGAGGAGAAACGUCACUGCCUUGGGGUACACCGGCGUUAAUCAUAUAUUGGUUUGACAUUGAGUUGUUUAAAUUUAUUUGGAAAGAACGAUGAGUGAGAUAAGAUUUGAGUAUUAAAUAAUAUGGGGUUGGAAAGUUUGUUUUUAGUUUACGGAGUAGUCCGUUGUGCCAUACUUUGUCAAAAGCUUGAGCGACGUCGAGGAAGACACUCGAGCAGUAUUUUUUUUGUUCAAGAGAAGAUGAAAUGGCAUCGGUGAGGCGAUGUAGAGGGUGAAUAGUAGAAUGAUUAGCUCGGAAGCCGUACUGUGAGUUAGGAAUGAUUUACAUACUAAACGUAUAAUUUUGAUCAGUUACAAUAUAAUCCCUUAACAUUUCCUUCAACCUCUUCUCCAUGCUCAGUAUUAAAUCCGGCAUGGUCAUAGAUAAGUUAAUACAUUUUUUAUUAGAGGCUGGUUUUGUUAUUUAAUAUUUUUCCAUUUUUUUUUUCUUAUUGUCAUAAUUUUAUAAUAAAAGAAUUAUCAAGCUGUCAUAGUCAUUGACCAAAAAUAAUAAUUCCAUUGAAAAAUACUGUUUUUGGUAAAAUACUUAAUAGUUUUAAACACUUUCGUAGUCACGAAAUAAGUAUGUGUAUGAUUUAUUAAAAAUAAAAUAUGCUAUCAAUUAUUAUACCUAUAUCUGUCCAUUGAAGUCUUACGAUCCCGUAACUUUUGAAAAUCUACAAUAGCCAUAAUAAAACUUAUUAAAUAUUAAUGAAAAAUAUUUCCUAUAUAUUAUGUGUAUUUAUAUAUAGAUACAGAUAUUUGGUUCGAUUAUACCGUUUCCUUUUCUUUUCAUAAUGCUGUUCAUCAUAAUGACGGACAAAGACGCUUGGGACGGUUUUUACACUCUGUUCGAUCCAAGUACGAUCGAUUUUCUUGAUCUUCAGGUAUUUUAUUCUAUCUUGCCCAAGUUUUCCUAAUAUUAUUCACAUUACCGUACUAUUUUAGUCUUGGCGAAGAGCAGCGGAACAAGUUCUGUACUCGUUAGAUGUGGGUACCGGCCAUUUGAUAAUUUAUGGAAAAAACUGUAACUUUCGGGAUAACAUACUGAGCAGCAUUCUGAGCGUCGCGUUGUUGGACAUCAUUUGUGCUGUAGCCGCCAGUCUGAUCAUUUUUGGAACGGCCAAUAUUUUGGCAUAUAAAUUUCACAUCACGUUCCAGUCAGUGUUCAUUUCCGGUAUUUAA